AUGCCACCGAUGGACCCGACCGUGGCCGCGAGCCUCCAGGCGCUCGGCGCCGAGUUCGCCAUCCGCGGCGACGAGCUCCUCAAGCUCAGCCCAGUUGUCGCGACCAUGGCCAAGAAGGGCAAGAGCUUCAAGUCGGGCUGGGUCGAGUACUACGUGUGCCUCCACAACAACCUGCUGUAUUACUACCGCGAGAUGCGCGAGCUGCCAAGUGGCGUCUUGAGCCUCGACGGCUGCAGCGUCGAGUCGGUCGACAUCAUCUACAAGAACAAGAGCGCGAACGAGUCGCAUAUCCUCGCCGAGGAGUGCGGUCCGUGCUUCAAGGUCACGAGCCGCCUCCAGCGGUCGCUGCUCUUCCGCGCCCGCUCCAACGACGUGAGGAUAGACUGGAUCCGGCGCCUGCAGCAAGCCUCGUACGACCAUGUGCGUGCGAGCCUCGAGCAGGCCCGCUGCCAGGUCCGCGACCUCCUCCAGCAAGUCCACGACAACGAACUUCAAAUUGCGGCCCAGCGCAAGCAACUCGAGAUGCUACAGCAAACCGCUGUGGCGGUCGAGAUGUUUGCCGACCCGGAGCCGCCGCUCUUCCCGACCAUGCACCGGCUCCGCGCCGCGCCGUCGACGUCGGAUGGUAUCGACACGGCAGCACUGACCAAAGCCACGUCCGAGCUCGCCGAGCUCACGCGCAACUUGCAACAGUCGCUCUCGAUGAAGAUGCAUACGACCCACGAGACAGGCGCCAGCGACGACAUGGUUCAAAAGAAGAACCCGCGCAGCGUCUUGAACGCGCUCGAGAAAGUCAUGGCCGACAUGCUCGAGGUGAGCGACGACGACAUCCGCCGGCACAAGUCGCGCCCGACGCUUGAGAGCCUCCGGUCGACCCAAGCGGUGCCGACGCCCAUCAUGCUGCUGGAGCACUCGCCGUCGUCGUUCCAAUCGCGCUACGGCACCAAGCCAGAGCCCGACCAUACCGAAGACUCGGGCUGGUCGACGCCCAAGCCCACGGGCGGCAUGCGCGACUACCGUCUCUCCGAGGACGACGAGAUGCGGCUCUCCAAGACGAGCAUGCUCUCGAGCUUCCACAAGGCCGGCGACGAGCUCACGUCGCUGCUCGUCCGCCCCGAUAUGAUUGUCGUCACGAGCCUUCUCACGACGUGCCAGCGCAGUGACAAGAUGGCGCUCUUGCUGCCGCUCUUGCGUGUCUACGGUAGCCGCCACGCACUCUACAAGCUCAUGCAGUGGUCCAUCGACACGGAGGUGCACUCGGCGCUGUCGCUGCAAACGCUGUUUCGAUCCGACGACUACUCGAGUCGGCUCCUCUCCAUGUACUCCAAGUCGGUGGGUCUGCGCUUCAUCCAUACCGCGCUCUCGGAACACAUCCGUGCGCUCUGCACCGACAAGCACAUUGAGGACUAUGAGCUCAACAUCGCCAAGGACCCGAGCCUCGCAGACCCGCUCAAACUCCAGAUCAAUGCGCAGAAUCUCAUGGACGCGUGCCAGACCAUCGUCGAUGCGAUCUACAAUCACAUGGACCAGCUCCCGCUCUCGUUUGCGCACGUGUGCCGGUACCUCAAAGAGAAGCUCAUCGAGCGCUUCCUCGACAAGAACGAAGCCGAGAACGACGGCAACAGCUCCGCCGUCAAGGCCAUCAUGGGCGGCUUCCUCUUUCUGCGGUUCAUUUGUCCCGCGAUUACGACGCCCCAUGCGUACGGCCUCGUGCCCGAGGUCCCGAACGCCAACAGCCGCCGCAUUCUCGUGCUCGUCACGAAGCUCCUCUUCAACUCGUCGACCGAAGUCGAGUUUGGCGUCAAGGAGCCCUACAUGAGGGUUGUCAACUCGUUUAUCGUGAAGAACGCACCGCGCAUGGCGUUUUUGUACACGCGCCUCACGACGGCGCGCGAAGGCGACGUCGAAGCGUGCUUUGACGCUGACAGCGACGGCAUCUUUACCAACAUCAACCCGGACCAGCUCGGCCAAGACCGACAAGAUAUCACGCUCACACUGCGCAAGCACGUGGACGAAGUCGUCGCCAAGGUCGCACUGUCGUCCGAGCCGUUGGCGGCCAAGCUGCGGACGCUCAUGGAGCCGUCGGACGACGACGACGACCUCGACGUCAUUGGCAGCAUCGCCCACGAAGCCGACGACGACGAAGACGAAAUCGUGCCGUCCAACUCGAUCUUGAAGGACCCGAGCGACCGGUCGAGCCGCUCGAUGAUGUCGUUCUUCCGCCGCGGCUUUGCCAACCACCGCGACUAA